ACGUGAUUAAUUUGCUGUAAUUCUAUUGGUUGCUGUGGCCUUGUUUGAAAUCGUCCUUCGAUUCAAAAUUGUGGCAACAGAGACGGUGGAACGAAGAGACGCAGAGAGCAACAAUGAACAGGCAGGCGAAGGGUAGAACUCCUCGCAGACCUCCUCCAAAGCAGCCAUCAAGUAACGAGAAAGACCCAGUUGGGGUGUACUGCCGUGUACGACCACUGGGUGCAGAGGAUGAGGAGUGUUGUAUUGAGGUGAUCAGCAGCACCACCAUCCACCUGCACGCCCCUGAAGGCUUCAAAACAAAUCGUAAUGGGGAGUACAAAGAGACCCAGUAUUCCUUCAAAAAGGUGUUUGGGGUUUCAGUGUCUCAGAUGGAGCUGUUUGAGCAUGUUGCCAAAGUCCUUGUUGAUGACCUCAUUCAUGGAAAAAAUGGCCUGCUCUUUACAUAUGGGGUGACAGGCAGUGGUAAGACAUUUACCAUGACUGGCUCUCCUGGCCAGGGUGGACUUCUGCCUCGCUCCCUCGAUAUGAUCUUCAACAGUAUAGGUCCCUACCAGGCCAAAAGAUAUGUUUUUAAGACAGAUGAAAAAAAUGGAAUGGAAGUACAGAGUGAAGUUGAUGCUUUGUUGGAGCGCCAGAGGCGAGACAACAACUCUUCCUCUGUUCCUAAACCAGUGUCUUCCAGACAGAAGCUUGAUCCUGAAAUUGCUGAUAUGAUUCGGCCAGAGGAGACAUUUAAAGCAUAUGGUGUAGACGAGGACAGCUGCUACAGCGUCUUUGUCUCCUACAUAGAAAUCUAUAACAACUAUAUCUAUGAUCUGCUGGAGGAAAACCAAGAUGAUGCAAUCAAACCAAAGUGGAAUGGUGGAGGCACACCAGUGCGCCAGAACACUGAGUUCAUACCGCCUCAGUCUAAAAUCCUCAGGGAGGAUCAGAAUCACAACAUGUAUGUGGCUGGUUGCAUGGAGGUUGAAGUCAAGUCUGCUGAGGAGGCAUUUCAAGUAUUUUGGAAAGGUCAGAAGAAAAGGAAGGUCGCCAACACAAGGCUGAACAGAGAGUCCAGCAGGUCCCACAGUGUGUUCAUUAUUAAACUAGCUCAGGCUCCUCUUGAUGCUGAAGGCGACAAUGUACUCCAGGAUAAGAAUCAGGUUGCUGUUAGUCAACUCUGCCUGGUGGACUUGGCAGGAAGUGAGCGAACUGGCAGGACGGGGGCAGAAGGCACUCGUAUACGUGAAGCGGGUAAUAUUAACCAGUCCUUGCUGAAUCUGCGGACUUGCAUAGAGGUCCUUCGAGAGAACCAGAUGUUUGGCACCAACAAGAUGGUUCCUUACAGAGACUCUAAAGUAACUCAUCUGUUUAAAAACUACUUUGAUGGAGAAGGAAAAGUCAGAAUGGUUGUGUGCGUCAACCCCAAGGCCGACGAUUACGAGGAAACUUUGCUGGUGAUGCGGUUUGCAGAGAUGACGCAGGAGGUGGAGGUUGCUCGACCGGUAGACAGGCCCAUCUGUGGCUUCACGCCAGGCCGACGCCACAGAAACCAGGCGUUCAAGGAGGAACUGUCCCGUAGGCUGGAGGAGCGCGGUGGUCCAGUAGACAAAGAUGUGUCCUCUGUUCUAAACCAUCUGGUGCACAGCCUUCCUCCUUUACCAUCUUCUGAGCUCACUGACCCCCACGAUGACAUCACUCUGCCCAGGCUGAUUGAAGCUCUUCAGAACAGAUAUAAAACCAAGCAAAUGAUGAUUGAAGAAUACAACAAAGCAGCCAACAAGAUGAAGUCUAUGCUUAAAGAACUGGACAGCAGCCUCGUCUCCAAAGACAAUUUUAUGCAUGACCAAAAUGCCAAACUGCUAGAAAAAGACAAAAUCAUUCAGAGCAACAAGGCAGAGAUUGAACGCUUGGAGAAGAAGAACAAAAUGCAAGAACAUAAGAUUGACAUCCUGCAGAAAACUACUAAAAUCUAUGAGGAUGACAAGCGUUCACUGCAGCAGGAGUUGGAAACCAGAGAGCAGAGGCUGCAGAGGGAGUUUUCAGAGAAGAGACGCAUGGAACAGAGGCUGCAUGGUGUGGUCUCAGAUACACAACACAAGUGGGAGAAAGAAUGCGAGAGACGUGUUAAUGCAAUGCAACUGGAGAUGCAGAACAAGCUCUGGGUAAAAGACGAGAAGCUAAAGCAGCUCAAGGCCAUCGUGACAGAGAGCAAGACUCCAGGUCGUCCCGAACCUCCACCACGUCAGACUCCAGGUCGUCCUGAACCUCCAGCACGUCAGACGCAGCCUAAGCGGCCUUCCAGAGAGGAUCGUCUUCCUGCUAAGAGAUCAGCUUCGCCAUCUCCCCUCCCUCUUUGCCAAUCAUCCCUCCAGAGCCCUGUUGAGACUCCCUGUGUCAGCCCAGUGCUAAAGUCACAGCCAGCCAGCAUCCCUAGAGUUGAGGAUCUUGAGAUGAAAACCGUUCCCUGCUCCUGUAGCCCUGAGUGGGAGCAGCUGUCAGAUCCAGACUGCAGGCAGGGUUAUCUUACCCUUGGUUCACCCUCAAGCGUCCGGACUCCAGCAGCUUCCUCAGCCAGGAGGGCCAGGAGGAGAGCUGUGUGGUGUUGUAGGGAGGAAGACGAUGCCUGCUCUCUGUCCCCUACCUUUCCUCUAGGCCACAGUGAGAGAGUCUACAGGACGACGACGCCGGUGCGGCCACUGCACCGUCGCUCUCGCUCUGCUGGCGGGGAGAAGUGGGUGGACCACAAGCCGUCCUCCAGCUUGGACCUGGGCACCGUUCUGCAGCCAGUCAUUCCCAAUGCCAUCCAAGUGAAUGCGCCCAGUGAGAAAGCCUUGUCGAAGUGCGACAGAUAUGUGUUAACGCACCAGGAGGUCGCCUCAGACGGUGAAAUACAGACCAAACUCAUCAAGGGUGAGGUGAUUAAAACUAGAGGAGGAGGACAAGCUGUCCAGUUCACAGACAUUGAGACACUGAAACAGGAGCUCGCCACAGCAUCAUGUCGUAAAAGAAAAUCUUCAGAAGGAGCUGCAGCCAACAAAAAUCAGUCGGAUGGAGCCUGGACUGAUGUGGCAACAAGGUGCUCUGUAGCUGUGGAGAUGAGAGCUGGAUCAAACAUGGGUCCUGGUUAUGAGCAUCAUGCCAUCACAAAGCGCAGAAAACCCUAAAGGCUGAAGACAACCGCUCCAAUCAUCACACGUCUCCGGUGCUGUGCAAUCGUUUUUGUUUUUAAUCUGACUGUAGUAAUAUUUAAACAGUUUCUGUGCUUUUAUCUAUGCAAACUGUAUAUAGACGUGUCACCAAAGCUUUUGUAAAAUAUUUUUUGUAUUGGAACUGAUAGACUAGUGUUACUCGGAGAUGCUUGUUGCUGUGGCUCUGCUGCUUUAUAGACUGUAUAUUCAUGUGCACAUCUGUGUUGUAAUGUACUCACAUUUGUUACUUAUCACAUAGGAGCAAUUGUCUACCUACUACUCAUUUGUCUGGCAAACUGUUCCUGUCUCUAGCUUAUGAAUCAUAUUAAGCGUCACGUUUGAAAGCUGUUGAACUUUUUCUUUCUGUUUGAACCUGAGCUAACCUUUAAUUCAGCAAACCCUUUGGAAUAAAAUUCCUCUGGCUCCACUGUU